AAUCAGUCCGCUGAACCAAUCCAAAGCGGGAAAUAACCAUUAGGCCCUCCCUCAAGAAGAGCAGCACAGUACGCAGGACCUGCAGAAUCAUUAACUCCCAGAAUGGAGUCCAAGGAUAGUCAUCCUCCAGAAGACCUGCCCCACCCAUGGCCUUAUUUAAAAGAUUUCUUUGAAAUAACUGGGUCAAAAAACGCUUCCUGGAGAUUCCAAUGCCGCCUUUGCCUUCCCCGAAAGCAUGAAAUUCUAUCUUUCAAAAAUUCACCAUCAAAUUUGAAAAAACAUAUUGAGAGAAAGCAUGGCAGUCAUCUCCAGCAAUACCUUGCAAUGACUGCAGUGGUCGUCAAAAGGAAAGGAUCUGACUCCAAUGAAGGUGCUUCAACCAGCAAGCAGAGAAAACUUGAGGAAAGCAGUAAAGUUUCUCAGAAGAGUGUUGACCAUGCAGUGAUAAACUUCAUUGUCCAGGGUUUGCACCCUUUUGGAAUAGUAGAACAGGCAGGAUUUCGAAGCCUGGUGCAGCAGCUUCAGCCUAAUUCUACUGUGAUAUCUCGUUCAACAGUUCGAACCAUGAUUGAAAAAAAUACAGCAGAAAUGAAGGCAAAUGUGAGAAAAGCAAUGCAAAAUAUCAAAUACAUUGCUACAACAACGGAUUCCUGGACUUCACACCGGCAGAGCUUUGUUGGAGUGACUGCUCACUGGAUAGAUCCUGAAAGUCUUGAGAGAUCAUCGGUAGCUCUUGCUUGCAGGCGACUUAAAGGUCCCCACACAUUUGACGCAUUGGCUGGUCUCCUCAACGAUAUUCAUACUGAGUUCAACAUCCGGGAGAAAAUUGUGAGAACCACCACUGACAAUGGCUCCAAUUUUGUUAAGGCCUUUAGGGUUUAUGGCCCUGAUGAAAACAACAGUCUGGACACAUCUAGUUUAGGAAGUUUAGCUGAAGGGCACCAAGUAGUGGAAGCGAAUGAAAAUGAGGAAGACGAUGCUCUGGGAGUGGAGGUAGAGGCUGUUGAGAUUGGAUCUCUCUUGGAUGAAGAAGAUGAUAGUUCAGAAUAUCAGCUACCGAAGCAUCAUCGCUGUGCCUGUCAUGUGCUUAAUCUGAUCUCAACAGUGGAUGCCACCAAAGCAAACUCAAAUGAGACUUACAAAAAGCUUUCAUGUGCAUCAUUUGCCAAGUGUGGGGGUCUGUGGAACAAGAGUGCUCGAUCUACAAUAGCUGCUGAGGUAAUUGAAAGAGAGUGUAAGCUCCAACUCAUCCGCCCCAAUGACACCAGGUGGAACUCCCUGUUUCUGGCAGUGGAACAUAUACUGAGGAUCAUCAAAGACAAUGGAGAAGGGGCCAUCAGAGCAGUUUGCAUUGUACUUAAAGUUUCCAUGUUAAAUCCUGCUGAGCUUGCUUUCCUGACUGAAUAUGUUUCAACCAUGAGACCAGUCGUCAAGGCCCUCAACAUAAUGCAGGCAGAAGCAGACGUCCAUAUGGGAUGGCUGGUGCCCACCACAAGUCUUCUGAGUGUGAAACUUGACCGCCUACGGAUCUCUGCUAAGUUCUGCCAGCCACUGAUUGAUGCACUUCAAGGAGGAAUACAGCAGCGCUUUGGACCCAUGCUUGCUGACCCUGAACUCAUUGCAGCAGCGAUUCUUCUUCCAAAGUUCCGAACAUCCUGGACAAGCAAUGAUGACAUGCUGAAAAUGGGACUGGACUACAUCAAGACAAACCUGGAUCAAGAGCCAGUGCAACUCGUUCGGAACAACUCAAGCUCAUCAGAUGAGGAGGACUACUUCAGAGUCAUUAAGAGCAACAUUCAAGAGACUACCAGACAGCUAGAUGCAUAUUUGGCCAGCACAAGUGAUACCAUGGAUAUUCUCGAGUCAGUUCCGGCAGUGUUUAAUUUGUCUUUAAAAGUAAACACACCUUUGCCCGCCUCAGCAGCCUGCGAAAGACUCUUCAGUAUAGCAGGACAAAUUUUCUCACCCAAAAGAGCCAGGCUGGACUCUAAAAACUUUGAGAACCAACUUCUGCUUAAGCUGAACAAGAAAUUCUUGCCGUGAUGUUAAAAUGAGAAGUUAAUGUGGUGCUAUGAUUAGAGUAGGCUGACUGAAGCUGACCCCCACACUUUCUUCAAAUCAAUGUCAAAUGUUUUGUGCAGCAAAAUUUGAGUUUCUCCUGUUUUAUCUUUGAAAAUAUCAAUGGACGUUUAAAGGUAAUUUUGACUUCGUAAAUGGGGUAGGGGACUGGUUGACUUUUGGACCUUUAGACGCUCAUUAAUAUCUUCAAAGGUAAGCAAUACAAACAAACAAAAAAUUCUGCAUAAACAGCACAAAUGUUUGACACCAAUUGUCUGAUUUGAAGAAUGUGGGGGGACCAAUUUCAUUCAGAUCAGGCGCACCCAUAUACAGAGGCUACAGAACUUUAUGUGGCUGUUCCAAGUUGGACUCCUCUUCCUUGAUUGAAUGUCCUCAGCCCCUUUCUGUUAAGAGUUCUCUCAAAAUAGCUGGCAAAAAAGUUAAGUUCAUGUUUUGUUAGGACGAAAGACUAGAUGUUUCCAAAUCGCUUGAUGUUUGUUAGGUCAGUUUAAAGUCCCUUUUUUCAGGGAAACAAUUUUCUUUUGAACGUGUUUAUUUUGAAUUAAAUAAAACAUUUCAAAGGUAUAAUAAUUUCUCUCAUUUUGCCUAAUUACAUGUAACCCUGCAGGUCAUCCCUGGAAUUCUGAUGCAUAGAAUAAAAUAUCUAAAUCUAAACUGUCACAGGGGGUAAACACAAUAAAAACAUGCUUUAUCUGCAGCAUUGCUCAUUAAAAUGGUACAUUACUGAUUUAUUAAAACUAAAUACGAUAGGUACACUUAAUGACAUUAUAUAAGCCGUUAGGUAUUAUGGUCGGCAAGUACUUUUACUUUUAAUACUUAAGUAGUUUUAAAAGCUUGUACUUUCUUACUUUUACUUAAGUAAAAUAAUAAUGUGGUACUUUGACUUUUACUUGAGUAAA